AUGAUAAACACAGACAUUAUAAAGGCCACCUUCAGUUGUCAAGAGUGUACAAAAAAAUUUAGGUUCCAAGAAAGUUAUAAACUGCAUUUGAAAAACGAACAUUCCAAAGCACCAGGCAGUGUAAAAUGUGAUCAAUGCCCUGUAAAAUGUCCAAAUAAGGAAAUUCUUAUGAAACAUAUUGAAUGUUAUCAUGAACGAGACACUUUUGAAUGUCCACAUUGCAAGAAAGGGUUUACUAGACAGUCUCAUGUGAUGAGGCACAUGGCACAGAAAGGAUGCGGUGGAGAAAUUUCACUGUUCAUUUGUGAAAUAUGCCAUUGCUCCUUCUCUAGAAAAGAUAACUUAAUGGCACAUUUACGAUUACAGCAUAUAGCUAAAGAUCAUUUUAAAUGUAAACAGUGCACAUAUCACACAAAAAACUUUUCGAAACUAAUCAUUCAUGUGCAAAAAAAUCAUUUAGCAAAGCCACUCGGUUUUGAAUGUGAUCAUUGUGGAAAAAUUACAAGUUCCAGAGCGGCAAUAGCAAAGCAUUUGGAAAUUCAUGGGACAAAAAAAUACAGCUGUGAUGUGUGUGGUUAUGCAACAUUCACACAAGAGGUGUUACGUCGUCACGUACUUACUCAUGUGCAGGAAAAACCUCACAAAUGCCAGAUAUGUCAACGCUCUUACAUUCAGCGCGCUCAGCUGCAGAGGCACAUGAAGAGCCAUAUGGGUAUUAACAAACUAUGUUGCCCUUUCGAGAAUUGUUUGUUUGCAAAGAAGGAGUUUAGUACGGAGGCCAACCUUCAAAAUCAUGUGAAAUGGCAUUUAGAAGAAAAACCGUACACGUGCGAGGUGUGCUCGAAGCGGUUCCACAGCCAGAGGCACAUGCAGAAGCACCUGCUGACGCAUACGCUGGACCGGCCCCGGCGGUGCAUGUACUGCGUGGCGGCGCGCGCGUACGCCCGCGGCGAGCAGCUGGUGCGCCACGUGCGCGUCAGCCACCCCUCCGUGUUCCGUGACCACCUAACCCACGUGCGCCAAGUGCUGGGUCUAAAUGUUGGCACGGAGAGAGUGAAAAAGUCUGAGCUGCAAUCCAUCUUAAACAUGCUCGAUGCUGAGUCAGACCGCAUCCUGGAAGGAUAUGGCACUGGUGUUCUCUACGGCGGCUUAGUAGAACAAGAUGAGUCCAUUAGCGAUGACACCUCCGGCACUUUGAAGAAUGAAAAUAGCCCAUUAAUGUCGGAAGACGAACUUGUAGAAAACCUCAAAAAGUUACUACUUCAGUUAAUUGACAAAGAAACCUUAGACAUUUUUGGGUGGCCAGAUGAAUCAAUCGACAUGAUAUUGGAGAAAGUAAUAGAGCACUGCGGUGCCCGGGCAGCUGAUCGUGAAAAAUGGUCAAGGGUACAGCGCCUGCGGGAAAACGCAAAGCACUUGUUUGUAUAUGCUAUUGAAGAUAAGAACAUCGCGCGUAUGCUCGAUACGCACACAAUCGAUCAAAUCAUAAAACACAUUCUGGCACAAGUGGACAGCAUCGACGAAGUUUCCGAG